AUGCAGGUCAUCCUUGCGCUGCCCCACUUUGUGUCUCCUGAAGUGGCAGCGGACCUGAUCUUUGCCUCCACUGCGUACCCCCUGAAUGUGCUGCAGAUCCCUCUGCACAAGCUGAUGGGCACAGGCUACCUGGCAGCCGCUGUCGCCUGCUGGGCCCUCAAGGGGGGCGCAGAGCGGAUGGAGCUGCACAAGCCGGUGUACCAGCGCCUCAACCUGGGCCUCAUCACCUUCUCUGCAGCGCUCAUGGCAGUCAUGAGCGCCAACCUUGAGCUGCUGCGCCCCUGGGCCCUGGUCAUCGGCUCGGCAGAGUGCAGCGCGGCCGCCACCAUCCCCGCCUGGUUCUACGCCCUCACCUCCGGCCACUACCUGCAGCCCGUCGACCUGCUCAAGGCAAUAGUACCCCCUCCCCUGCUUGCAUUUCGGGUCAUUCUUGCCGGUGUCACCGGGAAGAAGAACUUUGUGGUGGACAUCAGGCGGCUGCUGCACAUAACGGGGGUGAAGAGCGCGGUGUACUCGAUGCUGACUGUGGCGUUCUUCGGGGCGGCUGCGGGGUACCUGGUGCGGCCUGAGGCGACGCUGACUGGAGUGCUGACGUACGCCAAGAGCCCUGAAUGCAUCCUGCUGUGGCAGGCCAUCGGCGCCGCCGCGCUCAUGCUGCCGGCCUGGACCUUUUCCCUCAAGGAGGCGGCAGACAAGCGGCAGCUGGCGGCGCCGGCAUUCAAGACGCUCAACCUGGGCCUAUCCUUCAUCGGCCUCGCGCAUGUGCUGACACUUGCCCCCUGGUGGACGCCCUGCAGCUCGGGACCUUGGAUGCCUUAUGUCAUCGGCGUCUGGAGCCUGGCGGCAGCUGCCGGCACAUGGGGCUUCCUGUCCAGCACCCCACCCGCCGUGGACAAUGCCUUCUGA